AUGGACCAAUUCACUCAGCUUGCUAUCCCAGACCUGCUAUUGCUGACUCCCUUUCCUUGGGAUAAAGGCAACCCUCAUUACUCCUCUGAAAAGAAAGAAUCGACAGAAUGGAUGCUCAAAUAUGGUGUCUUUUCCGACCAUAGACGCGAUCGACUGAACACCAUUAAUAUUGAACUCUUUGGCGCAUAUACAUAUCCCUAUGCCGAUGCUGAGGCACUGCGUAUUGUUACCGACUUUGUAAUGAUUCUCUUUGCCCUGGACGAAUUUACAGACCUUCAGGAUCAAGAUGGAGCCAAGGCAACUAGCGAUAUAUUCGUCAAUGCGCUCAAUGGAGUGUCUGGCAAUGACAACUCCCCAAUAGCAUUGUUCACUAAAGAUUUCAUGGCACGCCUUUCUCGAAUUGCUUCUCCAGAAGUCCGCGAGAGGUUUGUGACCCAUUGCAGUGCAUAUAUCGAUGCCUGCACGCGUGAGGCAGGCUGGCGUGCAACUAACAAGAUACCGUCCUUCGAGGAAUAUACUCACCUGCGACGCGACAACGGAGGUGCCCAGACUACCUUUGACCUCAUUGAGGCAGUGCUUGGAGUUACACUCCGAGUCCCUGCAGACGUUUUUGAAGACCCAAACUUCCAGCUUUUACAUUGUUCCAUGAACGACAUGAUAUGCUUGGCUAAUGACAUAUACUCGUACCCCAUGGAGAUUGCCGACGGAAUCGAGCAAGUCAAUGCUAUCACGACUAUCAAGCACGAGAAGGCUAUUUCGCCACAAGAAGCUGUGGAUUUCGUUACAGACCACUACAAGAAGCUCAUAGAAAUCGUUGAUUCGUGCAAGCAGAAUAUUCGCUCGUUCGGUCCGGAGGUUGAUGAUGCCAUUCACAAGUACAUAUACGGGAUGGAGCAACAGGUGUAUGGAUACAUAGUUUGGUGCUUCAGCACGCCAAGGUACUUUGGAAAGGAGUGCGAGGAAGUGAGGCACACGUUGACUAUGAAGGUGAUGCAGCGAAGUCUGUAG